CUUCCUUCCACACCUCGGUCACUGCCAUCAGUCACCGGCUCCCUGAAGCCUGACAGGAAAGCCUGCUAAAAUGAAGAUCUGGGCGUCAGAGCACAUUUUCAACCACCCGUGGGAGACGGUGACCAAGGCAGCGAUGCAGAAGUACCCCAACCCCAUGAACCCCAGCGUGUUUGGUGUAGAUGUUCUGGACAGGAGCGUGGACAAGGAGGGACGGUUACACAGCACCAGACUGCUCAGCACAGAAUGGGGUCUUCCUGCCAUGGCCAAAUCUAUGAUUGGGGUAACAAGAACAUGCACUUAUGUCCAAGAACAUUCAGUAGUGGACCCAAAAGAGAAAACCUUUGAGCUCAAAUCCACAAAUAUCUCCUUCACUAACCUGGUAUCUGUAGACGAGAAGUUGACAUACAAGCCACAUCCGCAGGAUCCUGAAAAGACGGUGCUCACCCAGGAGGCUAUGAUCAGUGUGAAAGGUAUCAGUCUGAGCAGCUACCUCGAGGGUCUCAUGGCCAAGACCAUCUCUGUCAAUGCUGGCAAGGGUCGGGAGGCGAUGGAGUGGGUCAUCAGACGUCUAAACACAGAAAUCGAGGAGUUGGCGGCAACCGCUCGCGGCACCAUGCGGGUUCCCAUGGCAGCAGCUGUUGCAGACAAAUGAUCCCGGCCUUUGCUGCCAUCGCUCCACCAUCAUGAACCGAUGGACCUCUCAGACUUUUGCCCCUCAAACGGGACCUCUCACCUCAUCUGCCAGCACGGCCUAAUAACCACAGCCCCAUCCUUCAGCCCUGUGUGUGUGCUUGUUUGUGCGUGUGUGUGUGCAUGUGUGUGUGUGUGUGUUACAAGAAGUCUCUGUUCGCCCCUCCUCGGCAGCCUGCAGUGACGAGCUCGAUACUCGCCACUGCGGGCAGUUAUGGGGAGUUUUGAGCUGAUGACAGUUUAAAAAAAAAACAACAAACAAACAGGGUUGAAUAAGAUUGCACUUGAAGCUCAUGGGAUGUAGUCUUGUGAUGUUAAAGCUCUUUUUUAAAAUUCACACUGUGCCUCCACAUCAUCUCAUCAGUUUCCUCUUGUCUUCGCUUCCUCUUUUUUCAACCUGUCAUGUCUCCCUGGUGUUUUUAUUGUCUCUAAACCCCCUAACGCAGACGGGCUGUAACAGAGUUUAAAGGCUAUGAUAUUGAUGCAGCAGACUUCUUCUCUCUGCUGUCCUGUGAGGUCAGAUACUGAACGAACUGUAUCUUGGAACAACUUUAUGAAAUGCCAGUAUUUUUAGUAUUUCUGUCAUGGUGAAAGUAUAAGAACAAGGCUGCCUCUCCAGAAACACCUGUUACAUCCAGCGGUAUUCCAGAUAGGUAUUUUUUAAAUUAUUCCUACUCACAUUUUUACUUCUCCUCACAGGUGGAGUUUCUGUGAGCUGGAGCAGUGCGGAUUACGUAGCCAUUUUGUCUUAUAUUUUCAGUGUAACAUGUUGAAAGUCAUGAGCCACCAAGUGGAAGUCGACCAGUUUUCUCAGUGAGUGUUUCUACUUCUUUGUGCAGGGGUCCAAAGUAGUCCACGACUCAGCAGCAGAGUUUUAGUUUUUUUUUGUUUCAAAGCAUUUCAACACUUUGGGUCAGAGUGUUUGUGUUGUAGUGGUUUAGAUGCCUCUGCUCUUUUACAGUCCGCCUGGUUUAGUUUGGGCUAAAAAAGGUCAAAAUGAUUUCUAAAAGUCUCUUGUGUUUCUCAGUUUGUUCUCUCACACUGAUGAUGUGCUGUUCAGUUAAGUAUUUUGUGCAUACUUGAAUGUUUAACUUAAUUUCAGCAUUUUUACAAUAAAUAUAAAUAAAUAUUAAAGUGGCAGGAAAUGUUUUGAAAGAUGCAGUGUUGCGUUUGGAAUCACUGAGUGCCAACAUUUAACGCGUAUUUUAAAACGGGCAAAAAGAUGGACAUAACUGUACUGCUUUAAAACCCUGAAGCACUCUGAAACUUGAUUUGUGAUCUUGGAUGAACCCCCUUCUGUAGGCUCUGUCCAUUUUUUUUUUUCCAUACUGGAGUUAUUUUUGGUUUAUAGUGGUGAAUACUGAAAAAGAUUGUGGAAUGAAUAGUUUUUAAAAGCCGUUAGCUUGUGGUGUUUUUAUACUACAGUUAGCUUUCUUAUCCUAUAGACAUCUCAGGUGCUCCGUAGUUGACCUCAGUUCAGUUUCCCUGUUGGUUUCUGAAAUGUAGGCUACUUCAUUUUCUUCCGAUAGUGUCUCCUGAUAAAUUAAAUAAGGACAGUUCUACGCAUUAAAGUUUACAUUAGAGGGGUUUGUGAUACAGCUGAAGGAGUUUUUGACUGUCCCUUCGAUCUUGCUUGGCUGUCGUGGUCUCAGAUAGUUCAGUAGAUCCUUGUUUAUCUGCAGUCAGUCUUUUUUCACACCUGCCUCCAGUUCAGCUUAGAUCCACUUAAAAAAAUCUUGUUCCUAAAUAACAAUGUGUUGUUCCAGCUCAUCAUGUUCAGUUAUGGGAUCAAAGGUCUGCUCCCCUCUGAUGCCCGACUGACCGCUCAGCGUCCUUGCAGUGUCUCGUCUCAUGAAUGAAGUGUUCAGUAUUUCUAUGGGGAACAUUUUAAGAACAGUGGCUGUAAAUAGGAUAAUAUUUAUAUUUUGGUGGUGUUACAUUCCAAGAAUGUGAACAUGUAACAGGAUCUAAAGAGUGCGUACUGAAAUGUUUGGAAAUAAAGAGAUGUCAUUGUUUCAUGAAUGUGGUGGUGCUCAAGUGUUUGUAAAAGGCCUCGUCGUCAUCAUUGAGACAUAUUCUCCAAUAAGACCUUCUUAUUCAACCUGUCAGUGUCCGGACACACAGAUUAUCAACACCUUGA